AUGGGCUCAACGUUGGACCAACCAGGGAUGUUUGCUGGUAUAGAAUAUAAUAAUAGCGAUGAGGUAUACAAUGGUAGUAGUCAUACUCAGAGUGACGACAUGAGUGAUUCAUUAGGGGCACUAUCUGAUGAAUUAGGAUCAUUUCAUAUUAGUCAACCAACAACGUAUGCUACAAAUGCAACAACAUUAAACAGUAAGAUUUCAAAACCUUUAAAAGCUUAUCAAACAAACAAUAGUUUUUCUGAAUCUGCAUUUAUUUCACAAUUCCAUGAUGACAAUGAUAAAGAUAAUGAUGACAUAGAGUAUGAUAGUUCUGUCUCGCCUUCAUCUGUGCUUUUGAAUAAGGAUCUCGAGGAAGAAGAAACUAAUGAUAAUGAUGAUGACGAUUAUCAUGAACAUGAGAGUAUUAUGGAUUAUGGCACUGUAAAUAGAAGAACACAAAAAUCUACUAGAGGUACUACAAUGGAAAUUUCACCUCCUCAGUUUAUACCUUAUAUGAAAUCUCAUAUGAAAUCAACUUCACCUGUACAAAGAUUGAAUUUUAGUUAUAAUAAUGAUAAUGGAGAACUCCCGCUAAGUUCAGAAGAUCUUAAAAGUAUGAUAGAAAAUGAAGAUGGGCUAAUUGCACUUAAUAACAAUAAUAAAAAUAAUAAUAAAACUGGAUCAAGGACGAGAGAACCAGAAUCUGCUCUAAUUAUUAGGGAUAUCGGUGAAUUGUCUGGUCAGAUGAUGAAUACGUUCAAGAAGAAGAACGAAUUACAACAAUCUAGAAUAUAUCAUGAUGAAACUACCUCUGAACCAAUAUAUAAUGACGAGAAUAAUGAAAAUAAAACGACAAAUAACAGUAAUAGUAAUGAUGAUGGCGUAAAUGAGUUUGCUAAUAGUAGUGUGUUUGAAGAUGAAGAUCCCGCAUUGGCUGCCAAACAGGUUUAUAAUAAUUUAUUGAGGACACAGGGUUCAAGGUUUGAUAUGAAACGUAAUAUCACGAACCGUACUAUUUCUACUAGAGGUAGUUCUGUGAGUGGUACUAAUCAUAAUAAUAGUAACGAACUAAACCUGAUUACACCUAGUUCCAUUGGUUACAGAUUUAAACAUUCUAAAGGUAUAUGGGUACCAGAGGAUGAAUUCCAAAAUAUAUCUACUAGUCAAGUCGAAGAAACAACUGCCACAACUACAACAAAUACAAGUAAGAUGAACCAUUCAUCGACAAAGAAUACAACAUCAACAUUUACGAUGGAGGAGGAGGAGGAGGAAGAGACACAGGAUGAUAUUGUAAACUCAACUACACCCUUAGAUCCACCUCGUGUUGAUCAAGAAACUUUAAUAAAAAGUGUAUUUUCACAAGGUAGACCCAAUAAUGUGACUGAUUUGAACCAACGAGAAGCAUUAAAAGAUACUUCUAAGUUAAGUGAUAUCCCAGAAAUGUCAUUCAGUGGUAAUAAACAACAAACGGUAUCUUUGUUACUGAGUGCAUUGGAGUCCACAGUACCACAUCCAACCAAUUGGGAACAAGUACAUGAUUUGAAGAUAUCACACCAGAGAACACUGCGCAGCGUAGUAGCAUUAGGCACAUAUACCCCAAAUUUGAUUAAAUUAGAUGUCAGUCAUAACAAAAUUGGAAAUGUGGAGGGACUCCCGAUAACACUAAAAGAACUGGGUUUAAGGGAUAAUGAAAUCAACGACACAUUUUGUAUAUUCGCAGAAGAUAACAGAUUACACAUAUUAGAUCUAUCACACAAUUUACUGGCACGUAAUUUGCAAAUACUGAAGAGUAGUCAUAAUUUAUUGUCGGUCGAUGUAAGUCAUAAUAGCAUUGUUUCAUUGGCAGAAUUGGGAGAUUCUAUGAUUCGUUCGUUGGAUGUAUCAUAUAAUUUACUUAGCGGUAUUAUAGACUUUGAGAAGGUGGUAUUACAAAAUGAUAACCGCCUUGGUGGAUGGCUCACGUUAGAGAGCUUAGAUCUAAGUGGUAAUACUCGAAUUACUGAAUUGCGCCACUUAGAGAAAUUACCUUGUCUGAAAAUGUUACGUGUCAAUGAUAUCUCUGGGUUAAUGAUCACACAUACUGAAAGUAGUGCAUUACAUGAAUUGGAAAUUAUAUGUAGUUAUAAUGGUAAGGAAGGAAAUAGUGGUGAGAUUCUGGAUUUAAAAGGGUUUCCAUAUUUGAAAAUACUCUCUAUAGACAGUGAGAAAGUUUUUGGUUCGGCUAUGCCACCUACUCUUCGUACAGUGACGAUAAUGGGUGACCAAAAUAGAGAGCAGAAUAGUAAGCAUUUCAGUGAUACAUUAAGUAAAAUACCGAGAGAGAUCUGUUCUUUGAAUAUAAUCGAUUCUCUACAGCUAGAUCCUCUAUCUCUAUUAGAUCCAGCGUACUUCAACGGAUUACAGCAAUUGUCUCUCAAAGGUUGUGGUGUUGGGAGUGCAUAUGCAUUGUUAUCACGAUUACCAUCUCCACAAACACUACAAAGGUUGGAUAUCAGUGGUACACCACUAGCAAAACGUAGGAUACUAGCUGUAUCCUCGUCGGUUGAUGGUCGAAAUCAGUUUAAAAAACAACUAACUGGGCUUGUACGUGCUACUUGUCCUGCUCUUCAACAGCUCAUAUUUUAA